ACAGGAUGACGCUUGGGAAUGGGUACCAAUAUCUACCCUUCAUCUGGUUUACUUGAACAGGACAAGGAUGAAUCCAUUGCUGCCUUGCCUAUUGAUGAACUAAUCGAAAAAGCAGAUGGAUUUGCUGGUGUAUUUCCUAAACACAAGUAUAAGAUUGUGAAGCGUUUGCAAGUGAGGAAACAUAUCUGUGGAAUAUCUAGUGAUGGAGUGAAUGAUGCACCUGCUCUAAAGAAGGCAGACAUUGGUAUAGCUGUCGCCGAUGCCACGGAUGCUGCUCGUAGUGCAUCUGAUAUUGUUUUAACAGAACCUGGUCUUAGUGUUAUCAUAAGUGCUUGCUAG